UUUUGGGGGAAAAAAUGAAUCGGAGUAAAAAGAGGGACAUUUGCAUUCAUAACAUUUUGAUGAAUGCAACUGCUUUUUCUAGAGCAAUGUGGAGACGUCUAUGUUUCUAACGUGUAAGAUUCUAGGUCUGUCUUAUGAUCCAAGAUAUCAUUCAAACCACCAAUACUAUUUCACGUGAUAUACAAAAACCAACAAAACAAUCCUUAUCAUAAAUCAAAAUGUCACUCUUGUGUGUACAUCUCUAUUACAAGACUAUUAAAAGGUUUAUGACCGGGAAAUACCAGGAUGAAUAACUGCAAGUAUUUGCUUGAUGGUUUUUUAUUUCAUACUUGGCUCUUUAAAAUUUCUAUGUAGCCGGGAGUGGAAUCAAACAACGCAGGUAACAAGAUGCAGUAAAAUAAUACAUUGUCAAACUAGAGCAUUCAUGUACUGAAGAAAAAUGUCAACACUUCACCAGUUGCUCCUUGAUAAAAUCAACAACCAUUCCAUCAUGGAUCUUUAAAUGUGUUAAAUCAGGAGGACUUUAUUUCUAUUACAGAUGAUAUUUCACCAGCACAGUAAAACAUCACAACUAAACGAUGGCCAGUUCUAACCCUAUGGGCCAACAGGCCGCUGUGUGUGACCUUUGUAAACACAAGGAGGUCAAGCUCCUGUGCAUCAGCUGUCAAUACAAGCUCUGCAAAGAGUGCGUGGGCAACCACACGACCGAGGAACUCCCUCAAGUCCACAAGGUUGUGAAGUACGAGGAUCGCCACACCCACUUCUCCCAUCAGUUCUGCAUGACCCACUCCGAUCGCCAGUGUGACACGCUCUGUACUGACUGUGAUAUUCCCAUCUGCCCUGGCUGCCUUACUGGUCAUCACAAAGACCAUUCCAAUGAGAAACUGCCUAAGGAGUUCCUGACCAAAAGAAAGGAGAUCCUGGAAGAUAAUGAAGCAAUGGAGGAGUCACUCAUUCCGAAAUAUACCCAAGAGGACGUGGUCACCAGAUCUAAGAUUGCUAAUUUGUCCUUCAGCUAUAAAAGCAUGGAAAAAGAAAUGGCAACCUACAAGAGAAAGUGGGAGGAAGAGGUCAAGAAAAUCUUUGCCAGGUUUGCCUCAGAACUGCAUGCCUUACAAGGAGAUGACCUGACACCUUUCAAAUGCCAUGAAGACAAAAUCAAAACUGGGAUUAAAGAAAUGCAUCAAACCCUAGGAAAAAACAGAAAACUUCUAAAGGCAGCAAGGGUCUCUGAAAUCCUGAGCUACACCUCUGAACGAGAUCAGUUUCAGAGUCUGCCUAUUUUAGAAUUAGAACCAAAUCCCCCCGCACUGAUUCUAAAUUCAGAGAAAGGAAAACCCAGCCGAUUCCAGCUGGAAGAUCUCAUUUCACUUCUUCUUCCACCAACCCGUCUUCCAUUUACAAGCCUUCUUCCAAAUGUUCAGAAACAACUGCUAGACAAAGUAGCUGUACUUGCAACUGUACAAACCCCUUUCCAUGCCAUCAGGGACCUGGCCUGCACUGGAAUGAAUAAAGUCUGGGUUAAUGCCAUAGGGGACUACGAGGAUACAGCCCUGUCUUGUUUCGACAUCUGUGGAGACAAGCUGGACUCUGUGACAGUUGGUUCCUUCUGCAAUGGCCUCACUAUGGAUUCCGAUGGGAAUUUACUUUACUCCGAGUUCAACAAUGUAAUGACUUACAAAAAUGGUGAAACUAACGAAAAGAUUGAAAUACCUGAUGGAUGGGAAGCAAUGGGCAUUUCUUGCUCUAGAUCAGGAAAUGUAUUAAUCUGCUUGAUGAAUGUGAAAAAUGAGCACAAAGUUCAUCAGUACAAGGAUAAAGCCUGCAUCAAGGAGUUUAAGUGUGAUGAGAAUGGUGAGAAACUCUACAAAAAUGGAGAAUACAUGCUCUACCCCCAGGAGAACGUAAACGGUGAUGUCUGCGUUGUGAACCACAAUAGCAACUCCAUCAUUACAGUAUGCAGCGAAGGCAAACUGAGGUUCAGAUAUGAUGGAAAAGAUGCAAACCUAACCAAGGACCUGAAUCCCAAUGCCUUUGUGACAGAUUCCAUGGGCCGUGUCAUUGUAGCAGACGAGGCCAAUGAUUGUCUUCACGUCAUUGACCAGGAUGGAAAAUUCCAACGAUGUUUGGAAAUUCCCGGGCUGACCAAGCCAACUGGAAUAAGCCUGGACAGCAGAGGAAGGCUGUGGGUGGGAUCCAAGGACAAUGGGGCUAUCAAGGUCGUUCAGUAUGCAAAGUAUGCAGAAUAGUGUAAAAUCAAGCCCGUAGUUAGAGCCCUCUAUGUUCACACACCAGAGAAUUUCAGUGAGAGGAGAGCCACUGGUUGCAAGAUGUGGAAAAUACAGUUUUACAUUUGAGAAUUAUUCAGUAUUACAUUGUAACCAUCUGAGUGUAAUGUUAAACAGAACAGAACAAGUGCUACCUUGACAGAUAUUAUAUUUUGCUUGAAAUAAUUAUAAGGCAGCUGUUUUAAACGAGUACAAUCCAUAUCAGUUACUUUCAAUGGCAUGUUCCAUGAGCAUAACAAAUACAUGUACAUGUUCGUUAUAAAAGCCCUAUUUUUUGAUCAAUAUUCACUAGAAUAUUAAACUUUGAGCACAUAUGAAUUGUCCUGUCAAAAUCAUAUAAUGUUUUCAUUUUCUUUCCAAAUUCAUUCAUGCUUAAUUAUGCAUUCAUAAAUUCACACAGAAUUGCAAUAGUUCAAUAAUGAAAAUCUUCAUAUAAUGUACCGGUAUAUAACUAUAAUAUCUUGUAAAUGGGGAAUUUUAUGCAUAAUUCAAAUGAUAAUGAUACUACAGACGCAAUAUAUGGAAUGUUUACCGGUUAUUAUCUGUUGUAUGUAUGGUACCUGUAUGUUAUUAAAUAUUUAUUAAACAACAUAUUUUGAUACAUGUAUAGCUUAAAUUAUUAAAACAAAUAUAUAAUUUU